GUCGACGUGCCGUCAGUUAGGAUGCUAACAAACCGGAGUAUCUGAAGACAACUCUCAGUAGCUCAGACCAUAGGGACUUGGCUUUGGAACUGGAGGGUUGCGGGUUCAAAUCCCUGCAUGGACCAAGUACUGAGUAUGAACUGGUUGCUGGAGAAAUGCCAGUUUUCCGCUUAGCUCUUGAGCCCUUGAGCAAGGCACCAAACCCCCAACUGCUCGGGGCACCUGUCAGGGGCAGCCUCGCUCUGACGUCUCUCCAUUAAUGCAUGUCAUUGACGGUUAAAGAGUCAGAUAUGGUCAGGUAGAGAGAGAGUAGCAGGAAUUCUGACAGGGAGGAGAUGGAGCAGUCAAGCAGCAGGUUGUACUCGGGACCUCUGUCCCUGGAAGCUCAGAAGAUCCUGGCUGUUCUGCGGGCCAAGAGUCAACAUGCAGCCAGACACAACAACAACUACUCCCACAAUCACAGGCAAAUAGUGGAGAGGAAUAAUGGCAGCCAGAGGGAGCCGUGGACUCAGAGCAGCUGGAGCAUGAGUCAGGAGGAGAGCAAAGAGAGAGACACAGACCGGCCCCAGGUGUCCUCCUUUUCCACUUCUUACCACGACGCCCCCAACCAGUGGCAGAGCUCUCAGACCUCGACCUGCUAUCAGUACUCGCAGACACCAGACCGUUCCCUGUCAUCCCGGGCCUCCUCCUGUUCCUCCUCCUGCUGGGAUUCCUCACUCCAAAGGCAGACGUCUCAGACUGAAGCCUAUUAUCGGUGCUCACAGAUUUAUUCCCACAGAAAUUACUCCGAACCCCCCGUCUGCCAGUCCAGUACGGCUCUGUCAUUCACUCAGCAGGAGGAGACGGCAGCAUCUUUCUCCCAUAGAGACAGAUGCACCUCCCUGUCCCUCCAAAUACCAGAGAGACUUUGUGAAAAUCAAGCACCAUGGAGAAACUCCAGUGAAGAAAUCAGGCCUCCUUUCACCCACAAUCUUUCUCUAGAUGAGGAAGAUCUUGAUGAGGUUUUGUUCCCCACAACAGAGCACCCUAUAGCCCGUAAAGCGGCGCCUGCUUUGGCUUGUCCCCGAGUUUCUUCCCGUUUUAAAAUAAGUAAAGAGACAGAGAAAGAACACAGAGAUGCAGACAGCUGGCAUAUCCCCAGAAAGAAGCUUGACCACACUGUAGCUUCGGAGGGCCAAGCAAAGCGGAAGCUACCUCUAUCCAACCCCACUGAAGAUGCCAUUAGUGGAGGAGGAGAUGGAGGCAUACUAUAUCACCAGUCAGAGGAAGGGGCUCAGCAAAUAGUGGGUUCAGAAAAUAUGAUGCAGACAGGUACAGCACAAGUGUCAGACAGAGGACAUGAAAUGCAGAAUGGAGUAACGUGUAAAGAGUCAAGACAUCGGCCAAAUGAGAAAGGAUCAGCCAAAGAAUUGGAAGGACUACUUUUGGGAACCAUUGAGGCGAAUUUGAACUUGGUAUUUCCAAGUAAUAUGGACAAAAGCUUCCAUUGUUAUUCUGAGGAUGCAAAGUCUGAGCAGAAAGAAGACUUUGAGUAUAGAUUUAAUAGACCUGAAAUCAAAGAAGUUGAACAUGCACCUGGCAUUGAGGAUAAGCUGAUAUCAGUGGGGUGUCUUGGAGAACACAAGGUGAGCCACUGCCAAGCUGAAAACCCUCAGGAUAUUAGUCAGACCGUGACUGAAACAGCAGAGGAGCACCGCACAGAAAACCCACCGAUGCAGUGUGAGCCCAACAAAUUAGUCCUGGGUGACACCACUUCUGAUAACCUGGAGAGAACCACAGAGGAGGGAAUAGAUGUGAUGGAGGUCGGUUUGGAAGUGCACAGGGAGAACAGCGCAGGCAUUGAUGCAAGCCCUGAAGAUAAGAUGGAGUCAGAACAGCACCAUUGUUCUGGUGUCCAAAUAAAAGAAAGCCAGUGUGAGACAGACUAUAGAGAGGUCAAUGAGUUACCUGGAGGAGACGCUGAGCCAGGAAAGAGGGGGGAAGACAGACAUGAGGCUGUGAUGCCACCUGUGGACAACGAAAAUGGGAGUACAUCUGCAGAGGACUCAGGUAGAGAAAGUUGUUCCACGCCAACAUUGUCCCCAGAGUGCAGGGCAAAAAGGUCAGGGUUCAGAGCUCCCUGUCUCCUUGGGAAACACCAGCACCAUGGCAACGAAAAAGUGAGUUGCUGUAGAACUGCUAAUGGAAAUGUCAAAGGGAGCAGUUUAAGCGGGGUACUGGCCUCGCCAAGCACUUUUGCUGCUGGACAAAACUCCCCCUCAGUACAGGACUUGGCUUCAACUGCCACAAAACCAAGCAAGGAACUGGAAAACAGCCAUCUACUUACUUCCCAAACUCAUUCACGUCAUCCUCACCUGAUCUCCUUCCCCUUAAAGAGGAAGCAUGAGGUACUUCAGCGCCAAUAUGCGGACCCUCCUAAAAUCUACCUAACCACGCGUCCUCCUAAAUGGGAGCCACCUCAUUCCUGUCAAGUAAAGGCAGGGGAAGGAGGAGUCAGUGAGCUGAAGAGAGCCAAGCCCGAGACCUCUAUCCCUGAACCCCCAGAACCACAGACUAAAGCAAGCUCUUCACAUAAAACAGGAAAGGUGUCAAGGGUACAUAAACACCUAUAUGCCCCGAAGCAAACUCGGCAGAAGAAGGUGGAAGAAAAGUGCCGUGAAUCAGUUAGGAAUGCUCCCAAACAGAGCCCAUCUUCUGUGACCUGCAAACCACUCAAAAGUGGGCCUGAACAGGGAAUAAAUGGGCCAAAGAUAUCCCACGAGGAGGCUAAUGGUAAUGAGCCCCGGAGUCAAUCCAAAGCUGGCUGUCUGACUGCAACCCUGACUUCUGACCCCAGAGUAAAGGAUGCUGGGAAGAUGAACCCAGGCGAGAGGAUGCAAACGCUUGAGAAGACAAAGGAGACCGAGGCGCUGGUGCUAACCUUGGUGUACCGAGAUGGAACAACUCAGUUAGACCCAGAACAGAAGUUUGCUCCGGCAGUGUGUGGCCUCCUUGUACUGAUGAAGAACAGCCUCGACCACAGCACACCAGAGGACUCGCUCGGGCCAAACGACAGUCUGGUCUACUUAAAACUGGAGCACACACCUGCAUGGGCCCAGCAACACACACACCAGAGCCAGGAGCUCUUUACUAGAGAUAUGCUGCUACAGGUGCUAUCAAGAUCUCAACUGGUGGUGUGCUAUAAAGCCAAGGAUUUGCUUCGUACAGCUCUGCAGUUUUACAGACGAAACCUCAGCUGGAAACAAGUGGCAGGCUGUCAUAUCCAGGACCCACAGGUGUCAGGGUGGCUACUGGAUCCUGCAAAUCCCUCCUCCUGCUACCAGGACCUUCUCAAUAAACACCGCAAAAGACCCCAUACAGUACCUGCCCUGAGAACCAAGAAGGUUUCUCAAGUCAUCUCAGGUCUCUAUUCGCUCUACUGGCUUAACAUGGAGCUAUGCUUUAAACUACAGAGCCAGGGGCUGUGGGAGCUGUACUCAGACAUGGAGCUGAACAUGAUCUCUGUUCUGGCAGCUAUGGAGAGCCAUCGCAUCUAUGUGGACAAAGAAGCUCUCAAGAGAACUUCUGACCUGCUGGGGGCUAAGAUGAAGCAGUUGGAGCAGGAGGCCCACCGAGCAGCAGGACAAAUAUUCCUGGUCACCAGCAGCGCUCAACUACGAACAGUCCUAUUUGAGAAGCUGUGUCUCCACGAGCGCUGCGAGAACAAGAAACUUCCCAAGACCAUCAACAAACAACAGCAGUCAACAUCAGAAGCUGCAUUGUUGCAGCUUCAGGACCUGCACCCUCUGCCGAAGAUCAUUCUAGAGUACAGACAGGUUCACAAAAUCAAGUCCACUUUUGUUGAUGGGAUUCUCUCGUGCAUGAUGAGCAAGAACUACGUUUCCUCUACGUGGCACCAGACAAGUGCGGUGACGGGGAGAAUCUCAGCCAAGCACCCAAACUUCCAGGCCCUGCCAAGACAGCCACUUCAAAUCACCAAGAAGCAAUACAUCCAAGGAAAGGAGGAGGAAGUGGUGACGGUUCAUCCUCGAGCAAUGUUCAUUCCUCAGGAAGGAUGGACUUUUCUCUCUGCAGACUUCUGCCAGGUGGAGCUACGUCUGCUGGCUCACCUCUCCUCCGACCCUGAGCUGCUCCGCAUUUUCCACAACCCUCAGGCGGACGUCUUUACCAUGUUGGCCUCUCAGUGGAAGGGGGUAAGUGAGGGUGAGGUGACUUCUGAGGAUCGGGAACACGCCAAACGCAUCGUCUACUCUGUUGUGUACGGGGCAGGUCGUGAGCGUCUGUCGGGGAUCCUCGGGGUGAGCGCUGAGCAAGCCAGCCGAUUCCAGGACAGCUUCCUGCAGACCUACAGAGAAGUCCAGGCCUUCGUCCAGAGAACCAUUCAGCAGUGCCACAAGCAAGGUUAUGUGCUCUCCAUCAUGGGUCGUCGACGGACCCUCCCCAACAUCAACUCCCCCGACUGGGGCAUCCGCAUGCAGGCUGAGAGGCAGGCAGUCAACUUUGUGGUCCAAGGUUCUGCUGCUGAUCUCUGUAAAAUGGCCAUGAUCAGAAUCUUCAACCUGGUCUCCUCCUCCAGCUCGCUCUCUGCCAGGCUGGUAGCGCAGCUCCACGAUGAGCUCCUGUACGAAGUGGAGGACUCCCAGGUGGAGCAGUUUGCAGGUCUGGUGAGGAGCACCAUGGAGUCCCUUCAGCACAUAGACCAGCUAGGAGUCUAUCUUAAGGUCCCCCUGAAGGUGGCGGUCUCCAGUGGCAAGUCUUGGGGAUCCAUGUCUGAGCUUAAUAUCCCUCCAAUGUCUCCUUCUCUUUGAGUCCCCCUCCACCCCCCUCUUCUACCACCACGCCUGUAUUUAAUAUACUUUUCUUGCUCUGCUCCCUCCCCCUUGGUGUGUUCUCAUAUUUCUGCCUCCUCUCAGUUUCUCGUUCCCUCUCAUAGCCUCUCUGUUUUCUAGCUCUCCCGCUCUCUCUUCACUUGUCCUGCAUCCACAUUGCUAUGGAAACCAGGCAGCUGCAGCUCCUUUCCAGCUUCUUGCUUUCACUCCAUCCGUAUCCGGGGGCAACGGCAGGAGCCAGAGACAGGAUCGCUCUCUCUUCCAUCCUGCAAAAAAAAAAAAAAAAAAAAUUCCUUGUCCUCCUCCUCUCCUCCUCCGUUUUCACACUCUCUUGUUAAGACUGUUUUCUCUGCCUUGUUGCCAAGGUGAGGAGCGCUUGAUAUUUAUUGGUUCAUAAAAGUGGUUGUUAGUAUGAGUUUUAAAAAAAGGUGUUGAGCUAAUGUAUACCUGCAAUAUGGUGUACUGUUUAUUCUACAGAAAACGUCCUUGUAUCUAUUGUUUUUAUGCUUUGUUUGUGCUGAAUAAAUCAUCUGUAGGAGGUUCCCACUUGAUAAACCCAA